GUCUAGUAGUAACUAGACCCGCUGUUGCUGUGGACUGAGCUCUCUCGUUGCGCGAAACCCUUCCGACGAACUGGGUCCCGACCUCUGAGCGACCGAUUCCCCUUUCUCCGUCUCGCUCUCUCCCUUCUGCAAGAGAAAAUUGUGUUGCUUUCCUCGACCCGCUUCAAUUGGGAUAGCUUCAACUUCCGUUUACUUCUUCCUCUCCUUCCUUUUUCUCUUUUUCCCUUUUACUUUUUUAAUACGUGCGCUUAACGACAGUGUUUCGCAAUGGCCUCCAAGUUCCUCAGAGAGUACAAAUUAGUUGUUGUCGGAGGUGGUGGUGUCGGAAAGUCAUGCCUCACGAUUCAAUUGAUUCAGAGUCACUUUGUUGAUGAAUAUGAUCCGACAAUUGAAGAUUCGUACCGCAAGCAGUGUGUCGUCGACGAUGAGGUCGCUUUGUUGGACGUCCUGGAUACUGCUGGUCAGGAGGAAUACUCGGCAAUGCGUGAACAGUACAUGCGAACCGGCGAAGGCUUCCUGUUGAUCUACUCCAUCACAUCGCGCCAAUCCUUCGAAGAAAUCAUGACCUUCCAACAACAAAUCCUGCGUGUCAAGGACAAGGACUACUUCCCCAUUAUUGUGGUCGCCAACAAGUGCGAUUUGGAGAAGGAACGUGCUGUCUCGCAAGAAGAGGGUGAGGAAUUGGCUCGUCAGUUCGGCUGCAAAUUCAUCGAAACAUCAGCAAAGUCGCGCGUCAACGUUGAGAACGCCUUCUACGACCUUGUCCGUGAGAUCCGCCGAUACAACAAAGAGAUGUCGAACCCUUCCGGUUCGGGCGCAUUCGGUUCGCGCGCCCCUGAAGGCAAGAUGGACGUGAGCGAGCCAGGUGAAAGCGCUGGCUGCUGCGGAAAAUGCAUUGUUAUGUAAUGGAAUUGGC